AUGAAUAUUCCAUAUUUACCGGAUUGUCCCGUUUUUGUGUUUGAUGGCAAAAAUAAUUUUGAGAAUUGGUAUCAACAGAUGAAUUUCUUUAAUGUUGUUAGACUAUGGUCCAUUAUUGAUGAAGGGUUUGUGGAAACCGCAGAAGGCACAACAUUGACUGGUGAAGCAGCUACACAAUUGGAGAAAAAUAUGCAAUUGAAUUAUAAGGCAUUCUACUACCUCAAUAGCAAAGUCCGAUUACAUGUAUAUAACAAAUAUUUGCAUGCAAAAUCAACAAAAGAGGCUUGGACAAUAUUAGUGAAAUCAUAUAGGCGUGCCGCAGAUGUGAAGAGAGAGAAACUUCAAGAGCUUUGGAGACAGUAUAAGUUGCCCCAGAUGAAACCAACAGAAUCUGUCAAAGAAUUUUUUACAAGAAUUAUAAAAAUAGUUAAUGAUAUGAAGGUCAAUGGAGAAGUAUUGGAAGAUGCUAAAGUUGUUGAGAAGAUAUUGCAGUCUCUGAGAUUAGAAUUUCACAUUAAGAAAACAGUUAUUGAGGCAACCCAGGAUCUUAAUACAUUGAGAGUUGAUGAUCUAGAAGAUGAAUUGGUGGCAUAUGAGAUGUCAUUGAAUCAACAAACACAUGAGAUAGUGGAUGAGGCAUUGCAAACAAAGGAUGAACCAAAAGAUAAAGAAGAGUCAUCGAAUCUGGCAGAAAUAAAUUAA